AUGGACGUUAGUAACAUAUUUACGGAUGAGCAAGACGAGGCACUAAUAAAUUUAGUGUCUCAACAUGCAAUUUUGUACGAUUUAAGUGAAACGGGCUACAAAAAACAGCCUAAAAAGGACAAAAUCUGGGGUGAAAUUGGAAGAAUAUUAAAUAAAAGUGGUGACAGCUGUAAGAAGCGCUGGAAAAAUAUUAAGGACACGUAUUUCCGUCAAAAGCGUAAAAAUAAAUCAGGAACUGGAUCAGCAGCGCCUAAAAACCCAAGAUCAAAAUUUUAUACAUACGCUAAUUUGUUAUCUUUCUUAGAGACCGCGCCAAGGGAACGGUUGACAUUAAGUAAUAUCCAAAAUGAUUAUUCUUCUACGCAGGAUACCCAAAUGCCUGAUGAACUGAAUGAAUCUUCUGAUUCACAUAUUGAAAAACAGAUUGAGAACGUCACGGAAUUUCAAGAGCAGUUAGACAAUAUUGCAAAAACGAGUUGUACUACUACUACCUCCACAACAGUCACUCCUUCCCAAAAUGUACAGAAUUCUGCAAAAAUUCCUAAGUCUAAUAAAAGGCAAAAAAACGACAUAUUAAAUUACCUUCAAAAAAGAGAAGAGUCUCCGCAAAAAGCUUUAGAUAAAAUAAGCGAUGACGAGGAAUUACUGGUUUCAUUUUCAGACCACUUAAAAAGUGUGUUGAAAAUGCUCCCACCAAUCUUAAGAAUUAAAGCAAAAAAUGAACUUUAUGGUGUCCUCACAAAAUAUGAAUUGUUAAGUCUUGAACCAUCCCAUAAUAUUUCGUCUGCUUCGAGUCCAUACUCGCCUGGAUACAUACUACCAGAACAAGGCGCCUACUCUCCUGUACAAAAUACAACUGAUCCACUGACAGCUGUCUCCAUGUCACAUGCGCCAGAAGCUACCUCUGUGCACUAUUCAAAUUCGGCGAACUUAAAUUCCGUACAAAUUUAUCAAAACAAUAUUCCCCACUCGUCCACCGAUAUCCACAGAGCUACUGAUCUGUCUUUGCUUUGAAGAACUACAAUAAUUUUAAGUUAAAUAUAUAAAACUAGCGGUCCGCCCCGGCUUCGCCCGUGGUACAUAUUAACGUUUUCUC